GCUUUUGUUUACAAAUUAAAGAAAAAGAAAUGGUCAAUUUGGCGGCUUAAAAAUGCGGGUUCUUAUUACAAUAGCAUCGCAAAGACAAAAUGCGACGUUAUCGGGAAAUUCGCAGUUUAAAAAAUGAUAUACGUCAGAAAUCUAAUCAAGUUUUAAAUUCAUUUACAGAUAAUUCGCAGAAAAUGUCAGAUUGGGGUGAUGAACAGGAUGAUGGUCGUGGUUUUGGUAAUGGAUGCUCCCAAUAUAAAGAAAAUGGCGAUGAUGAGUAUGUAGAUAAUGGCGGAACUGACUAUACGGAGCUUCAAAACACAGACGGCGGGAAUAAAGGUUUUGGUAGCAGACGUGGUAGAGGAGGCGGACGAGGUCGUGGUGGACGAGAUGACAGGAAUGGUUGUAGUUAUGGCGGUGGUCGUCGUAACUUUGAAGAUAAUGAAGAGAAUGCCCAACCGUCUGAAUUCCAAUCGACAGCACAUAAUUUUGUGCCCAAUAACUUUAUGAGAGCUACUAUUCAAGAAUUCUUACCCGAAGUGCCCGGCCGUAUACAAGCGACAAACAAUAUUGAUGAACUCUAUUGCAUUGUUAAAUAUUUGUUGGAAGCGUAUAAAGUAUGCUUGUCUACAGAAAUGAUUACGAAUAAUACUUCUUCAGAUAAUGCAUCCACAGAGGAGAUGGUGGUAAGGGAUGGCGAUAAUCACGAAACACAACAAGAAAAAUUUGAUAUUGAUCAAGAAAAUUCAAAUGUGAUUGAAAAUGUUAUAGUUGACACUACACCAAAUGAAAAUGUAGACAUGUCACAUUUGAUGGACGAAAAAAGAAAAGCACACUACAAAAUGCAAUUGUCCAAAAACAUCGAUUUAGCAACAAUAAAUCAAUCUAAGUUAUCCGAUUUACCAGACUUAUUCAAAGAUGUAAUAUCUAUCUCACAGGAUCAAGAGACCCCAAUGUCGACUACUUCUAUGACCCCUUUUAAACGUAGAAAAACUAAUUGUAGCGUUAACUAUAAUAAUUUAGGUGCUGGAAUUGCAAGACUUGACAUUAUUCCAAAUAAGAUUCGGGCACAUAUAACGGAGCGGGAAUAUGCAUUAAGAAAACCUUUAUCGAUGCGAAAUUGUUUAAAAAUUGUUCCGAAAGACCAUACACUCAUUAAUAUUAUGCGUAAAAUGACGUAUAAUUUCUUUUCAUUGGAAGACAUAUGGGCAAACGCCGCAUUGCCGGGUAUGCAUCAAAUUGUGCCAUUUUCUGAAGAUCAUUCGCAACUAGAAGAGGGUUGUGCUGGACCAUCGACAAGCAUCAAUGUUGCACGCCAACAUGUGACGGCGUCAUCGAUUUCGGGUUUACCUCCAAUACAAUUGGUGCGAUCACACUCGGGCGGCCUAUCAAUGCAAGUUCUGAAUGAGCAAUUCAAUACACCGGAGGAGAUUUCAGAUUUGUUGCCACAAUACACAGAAACUAGCGGUGAACAGGAACAGAGUGACAUUUUGCCUGAAUCAUCGACAGACAUUACGUUUCUCACCCCGUAUCCGACAACAACCUCCGCAGGAAUAUUAUCACGCUCGGAUGAGGAUCAGUUAAAAAGUGUUAAAAAAAUUAAGCUUAUUUCAGGCCCUUUAUUGGCCCAACGCACAGAACCAUCAACAUCUAGAACUGGAACUUUACCAUCAAUACGAGAAGAAGAAUUCCGACGAACAUUGAUAAGGAGGACUGUUCGCAACAGCGAUAUCUCUUCGACGCCGUUACGUCCCUUAGACGGUAUAGCUUUGGAAGGGAGGGAAUUACCGCAUUUUCAAAGUCAUGCAAAUGAGGGCAGCACCGAACUCCUCAUCAGUGGUGGUAAUAUACAAAGCACAGAAGCUGGUAUAGUCUCGGUAGUAAAUCAAGAUGUGCAAACAUCUGCGAUUGGGGUCACUAAGGCUUUUGAAUCAGUUGAACAAACGACUAUAAUUCAAUCAUCACAACACCAAAAGGUUGUUGAAAGAAAAAAUUUGCCAUCAGGAUCAUUUGUACUUGUCCAAAUACCUGAGGAGUUAGACACUUUAAAUGAACCCCGGAAUUGGUUGGAAGUACUACGUGAACGGCAAGUGGAUCUACAAUAUAAUAAAUUUGGAAUUUUACCAAAAAAACGCAAAAGAUGCCAUAAGCGCCGAGCCCCGCAGAACUUAAAAUUAACACGAGCAUGUGAUUUUCAUGUGAGUUAUCAAACCAAUAUUACUGAAGUACUUCAGGCUUUAUCGCCAUUGCCCAGUCAGUUACCAGUGCCACUAGAAUCGACGGCGGACGUCACACAUAUCCGUAAUUUGAAUAAUGUACACGAAACACAACUUACAGUUGUAGAGCAGCCAUCUUACGAACAAUUUGUAUAUGAGCACAUCGAGUCGAUUUCGACUAUUAUGAAUAACCUAGUUGAAUGGCAGAGUGUGUUAAAAGCUUGCAAUCGAAAUAGUGAAAAAAAUACAUCAACUGUAUUACUGCCCGCAUAUUAUGCCUACGACGUGGAGACCCUUCUAAAAGCUGACAUAGCACGCUUGCAGCUCAAAAUGAAUCUAUUGCAAGAGAUUAUUCGCAAUGUGUCGUUUAAUGUGAUGAAGAGUCGUUUAUUGAAAAACAGAAGCCUUGCUGCGGUUGCAUUCAAUUUUUUAAUAGAACUCGAAUCUGCCGGGAUUAUACGAAUAAAGGAGCAUGGGCAUUGGGUGGAAUUAAUUUAACUUUACGCUCAUAGUGCGCACUUUUUACGUUUAGUCAGUAUUUUUUUUUAAUGAUGAAUGAUGCGCAACCGUAGAAGUAAAUACCUAAAUAUAAUAGACACAUCAGUAAUUGUGCGUGUGUCUAUCAAUGUUGAAUAUGUACACUUAAGAUCAAAUAUGUCCCGAACUGCUGCCCUGUCAACUGAUUGUUUACGACAAAAAUGAACAACGAGUUUGCUUGCGUGCUUGUGUUUUCAAUGGAAUUACGGCUAGGAGAAUGUUUCGUUGAUGUGUCUUUCUGUCUGCGAAGCUGAAAAAUCCUCUUUGGGGGAACGCACCAUGAGUCCAUUGACGCAAUAGAUAAAAAUCGCCAGACAAUCUAUUUGAGUGGUAAUAUCCAAAUUCACACGAAUAUAAAAAUGUGUUUGUAGAUCUCUUUAUCCAUGCGGUGUACGUGCGUAGUUUAAAACCAUCGGUCUGGGUUAUAUUUUAUCUUAAGUGAAUCCACUAGCUUUAACUUGAUCUCUUAUGAGUCUAAUCGAUCUUAGAUAUCGCUGCUGACUCAUAUUCGUACAAUUAAACAAUCAAUAUUAGGUCAAUAAAUGAAAGCAUUUUUGGUAUCAAUAUGCGAUUUCCGAAUAUAAAAUGUUCAUCCGAACUUUUUGAACUGUUGACUCUUUAGGUCGUUGUAUUUUUGCUGCAGUUGGAUAAAAUGGGUCCCAUUGCAGCAUCUGUAUGGGUAUUUUAGGAUUAAUAGCUUCGUAUUAUUGACAACAUAAUUUCCUUUUCCGCUAUUGUUAUAUCGUUCUUAAUAUCAAAAGUUUAAAUUAAUUGGUUUGUUAGUUUAUAACAAUAUAUAACUUCAUCACUUAGAAACUAAUGAAAUAUCGCAGUAUACACGUAUCUGUGUCGCAAGUAGAGUUGAAUAUGCGUUCAAUAAUAUGCGUCCACUAUUAAAAUUUUGCCUUAUUUAUUUUAUUUAACUAUGUUGAAGUCUGUUAAUAUAUAUGUACUAAAUGAAUGUGUACAUUAUAUAUGAUUCGGAAUAUUUUCCAUCGCUAGCCACAAUUUUUUCCCAUAUUUGUGACUACUUCUGAAUUUUUUUUCUUUUGACGCGAUCCAAUUUUAGGCUUCUUCUUAAGAACGAAAGUGCUAUUCGGCCAGGUUAUGCGUCAAAGUUUCCAGGUAUUAUAUGUUUUCACGACCUUGGCAACAUGUAGCCGAGCGUUGUCUUGUCGAGUUUUUCCGAGUAUUGCAGACUCAAACCUAAUAGUUGUGGACUCCUGUAAUGGUUUCGACUGGUUGCAAGAGUUCAUAGUCCUCUACGCCGAACCGAUCAAGCUUUUUACGGGUGCGCACGUUCCUUGCCUUCCAUGUUAUAUUAGCCAUUUGUGAACUAUUCUCGACACGUUCCUUGACUAAUACAACGUUCACCAUAAGUUUCUACAAUCUUUUGACGAGCCUGAGCAUUUUUUCGAAUGAAAAGCAAAAGGCAACACUUUCGCAAAUGACCCUUGCCACUCACGAACAAUAAGCAUAGUACUUAUAAAGAACCAAGAUUUGGUAACUGUUGACUCAAUCAAUUUGCCUAUAAGAAAACGGUGGUUUUUUUCUGUACGUCUGAUAAUAUAAUUGCUGAAUUUCAAUGUUGGUUAUUCUAACUUCGGAGCAAAGUUUUAGUUCGAUAAUUCAUAUACUUAAAGCCAACAAGCUUUUUAGAAUCGAUUUUUUUUUAUUUAUUGUCCUUAGGACCUUAGUUUUAUUUUAUAUUUAAAAAUACCUAACACUCG